UAGGCAUUUAAGCCAGCUCCGGCGAGCUGGACCGUCAGGUUCCGGCCCCGCCUCCUCACAAGAGUCGCUUUGAUUUGCUUUUCUUUCUCCCUCUCUCACUUAUAAGGGCAGGCCCUUGAUCCCCGGCGGACGACGACGCUUCGACUUUCAAUCCAUCCCGAGUGCAUACUAUUAUAUCUAUACUUAUGCCUGGACGCACUUCACGCCCCACGCUCCCCUCCAUCCACGAACUCGGCCUCGUCCCCCCAUUCCUGCCGGACAUGUCACGCCUUAGCUUGCACGACGUCGAGAUGACCGGUGAGCCUCCGUCGCAGCAGCAUCAGCGCAGGACGUCGACGUCCUCAACGUCCACGCUCGCCUCCACCUCCUCACGAUCCCCAUCCCCGACACUUUACGACGAAUCCACGUCCCGCCCGGCCUUGAAGGUGCACGGCAAACCAUGCAAGCGUACUCACGCCCCACGCACCCCAUCCCCUAUGUCCCAGCCCACGCCUCCCGUGGCGGCGCUCCCCUACGCCCUGGCUCCCUGCUCCCUCAGCGAAGCCGACGCCGUGCUGCUCUUUCCUCCUCAUGACAAGUCGCAAGGUCCCUCCAAAGGCAUCAUGAUGCUCACCGGAGAGUCCGUGCGCCAGCUGCGCCACCCCGAGCGACGCAUCGCGCGCGGUGCACGCCUGCAGCCGUACAAGAUCGUCCGCGACACCCGCAGACGGUCCUUCAGCCCCACGGACGCCAUGCCCGCCCUCAAGGGCCAGGGCACCUGCGUGCCGGCGCACGUCUGCUCGCAGUAGCUGCCUGUGCCUCCGCCUUCUCGACGAAGGUCGGACUUCGGGACUUUGUACCACCACACCGCCCCAUGUAUACCACAUUGUAUCGUUAUACCACGCCGCUAGUCUUCCGCAGGGUCUAUAGUGUAUUUCUGGUAAUGACAGAAGAACGAGAGCGACGAUCCUACACGCU